AUGGUACGCAAGCACGCCCGCCCGCAGGGAAAGGAUGGUCUGCUGGGAGUGAGUGCGGUACAUAGAAUCGCGCCCAUUUCUGAAUUCUCCGCUCCGUGCAUCGUAAUCUACCCCCCCAACGCUCCGGAUUCCUAUUUCCCUAUAACUUGGUCGGCACCAGAAUACCAAAUUGGAAUUUCGGCGUUGGAAUUUGUUUUCCCAGGGCGGAGGAUUCCAAAUUUGGAAUUCUUCCAUAACAAUUGGCUUUAG